AUGAACUGCGACAUAUGUCACCGCCUCCAUCAUCCGCAAAAGCUUCCCUUCCUGUGCGCAGUCGACGCCAGGAAUCAGCUCUACGCCAGUCGCAUUGCCCAUGCAACUGCGUUGAUCGAGAACGAGGCUCUAAGUGGGGAAAUCAGCUCUGUUCUGACAAGCCUGGAUCCUCCUUCGAGCGACGGCGCUGCUGGCAAAACAGUGUACCUUGGGAGGCUGAGGUCCGAGGAGGCGCAAGCUGCGGAUAGGACGAGCCAGAUCAUUGCACAGGCGGACAAGCUACGCACCGAAGUCGAAGCCGCGCGCCGAGAAAUUGAAGAGCGCAAAAAGAACAACGCCAGGAGGAAAACAGACUUGGCAGAGGCUUCUAAUGGCAUCGAGUCACGGCGAUCUAGGCAUGUGGACGAGGCCGAAAGAGCAAUCCAAAUGACGAAGUACAAAUGGAAUCGUAGCUUUGAGAACAUGGCUGCCACCAGGAGCUACCUCUGCAUGGAAGCUGCGAGGCUGUACGGGCUUCAUCGGAUCAAGAAGGGCAACUCGGUAAAGUUCGAGCUGGCCGGUAUCGAAAUGAUAGAGCUGCCCGGCAUGAUUACCGCAUCGCCAGAGGCUAUCUCAACGUCGCUAGCUCACAUCUCGCAUAUCCUCAUGUUGGCUUCUCACUACCUGGCAAUACGCUUGCCGGCUGAGGUUACACUUCCUCAUCGUGACUACCCGAGACCAACGAUAUUCUCGCUGGCAUCCUCCCACCGUCACGGGGAGGUACCGUUUCCAGGGACCGUGUUAUUGCCGCCAUCUGAGCCUCGGGACCCCAACCAAAGGCAUGUUCCCCGACCUAGGCCACUCUACAUCGACAGGCCACUUCUGGCUCUGGCAAAAGAGGACCCUUCAACAUACUCUCUGUUCAUCGAAGGUGUCGUGCUGUUGGCUUACGACAUUGCUUGGGCCUGCUGCACACAAGGAGUGCCCAUAGGUGACAAGACGUCGUAUGAAGACGUCUGCAACAUGGGUCGCAAUCUUUACAAUCUACUCAUCGGUAAUCAGUUGACCAAUAACCCUGCCGCUCGCCUUGUCCAACCGCCCCCAUCCCCCGAUACAAGUGGCAUACCGGAGUCCUCAGAAUCGGUGAAAGAUAAUUUCGGUGGUAACGCAAAGCCCAUGAUGGGGCGGUACUCUCACGGUACUAUUCACACGUUUCUCGGAAGUGCUGAAGGCAAUGAGUUCACUCGAGGUUUCAAGCUUCCCAACCCCGUGAAGCUUGCCGAUCGUCUCAAGAAGAAAAUGCUGAGCGAUGCCGAUGGGCUAGACUGGGAAAUGUUGAACGAUGACGCCUGGGCGGUGGAAGAGCCGAUGGAGGAGGGUGUGCAAGGGAGAGGGAAGCAGGCGGGCGAAUCAGGCCAACGAUUAUUCGGCGUUGAGAGUGUGAUGUCGACUAGAACUGCUCUCGACUCCACGGUUGCCGAUUUCGCACAGGUGUCGCUGGACGAAGCUUCGAGCCCGGAAAAGCCGAGGCCAUCUGGGACGAGCGGCUGGACAAAGCUCAAGUCCAGGUAG